AUGAAUAUUCAGCGAAAGGCGGUAACAGAUUCUUCAAGUUCCCGGUUCCGUUGCUCCCCUCUCUCUCUCUGUAGAAGUCAGUAAGCGGGACAGGACUUCGGUUCAGCGGCGAGAAAAUCAUCCAACAAUGUCCGAGAAGCUGCCAUUCAAAGUCGCUGAUAUAAGCCUGGCUGAGUGGGGGAGGAAGGCAAUUGACAUUGCGGAGAAUGAGAUGCCGGGGCUGAUGAAGAUGAGGGAGGUUUAUGGACCAACCAAACCUCUGAAAGGAGCUCGUAUUGCCGGCUGUCUACACAUGACCCUUCAGACCGCUGUCCUGAUCGAAACCCUCACUGCACUCGGAGCCGAGGUCCAGUGGUCCAGCUGUAACAUCUUCUCCACUCAGGAUCAUGCUGCUGCAGCCAUUGCUAAGACCGGUGUCCCAGUGUACGCCUGGAAGGGGGAGACUGAUGAAGAAUAUGUGUGGUGCAUUGAGCAGACCCUGUACUUUAAGGAUGGUCAGCCCCUCAACAUGAUUCUGGACGAUGGAGGAGAUCUGACCAACCUGGUUCACCAGAAAUACCCCAAACUGCUAUCAGGAAUUAAGGGUGUUUCAGAGGAGACCACCACUGGUGUUCAUAACCUCUACAAAAUGCUGAAGAAGGGAGACCUCAAAAUUCCAGCCAUCAAUGUGAAUGACUCAGUUACCAAGAGCAAGUUUGACAAUCUGUAUGGCUGCCGUGAGUCUCUGAUUGACGGCAUUAAGCGGGCAACGGAUGUGAUGAUAGCUGGUAAGGUGGCGGUAGUGGCUGGGUAUGGUGAUGUGGGUAAGGGAUGUGUCCAGGCUCUCAGAGGAUUCGGUGCCAGAGUCAUUGUCACAGAGAUCGACCCCAUCAAUGCCCUGCAGGCCGCCAUGGAGGGAUAUGAGGUAACCACAAUGGAUGAAGCAUGCAAGGAGGGCAAUAUCUUUGUGACCACAACUGGUUGUAAGGAUAUUAUUCUGGGCAGACACUUCGAGCAGAUGAAGGAUGACUCCAUUGUUUGCAACAUCGGUCAUUUUGACUGUGAAAUCGACAUGAAGUGGAUGAAUGAAAAUGCCGCUGAGCGGAUCAACGUUAAACCUCAGGUGGACCGUUAUCGCAUGAAGAGCGGUCGUCAUGUGAUCGUUCUGGCUGAAGGGCGUCUGGUGAACCUUGGCUGUGCCAUGGGUCACCCCAGCUUUGUUAUGAGCAACUCCUUUACCAACCAGGUUCUUGCACAAAUCGAGCUCUGGACCAACACCAGCAAAUAUCCAUUGGGAGUGUACUUCCUUCCAAAGAAGCUGGAUGAAGAAGUAGCUGCAGCCCACCUGGACAAACUUGGGGUGAAACUGACAAAGCUAACAGAGAACCAAGCCAAAUACCUGGGCCUGCCCUGUGAAGGGCCUUUCAAACCAGACCACUAUCGCUACUAAGAAGCUUUUUCCAGUGUGUGAAAGUCUGGAGCCAACCAAAGUUUGUGAGCUAAUGGUGACUGCAGAGGUGCCAAAAGUUUUCUUUGCCUGCAUUCAGUUCUAUUGGUUUUAUUGACUUUGAAAAAAGUGCUCCUUCUUUUACUUCACACAAGUCUUAUUACCUUUCCCUGCUUAAUUUAACAGUUUGUGUCCACACAACUGAUGCUUAUGCUUGUGAUGGUUAAUGUCCCUUUGAAGUGAGUGGCAACAACUGGAUUCUAUUUUGGUCUUCCUGCAUUAUUCAUGCAUUAUACAAAUUUUCCUGUAUGUGGCAUCAUUCUGUAGAUCCAUUAAACAAUUUAGAAAAUUACGUCUGUGAAAAUUCAGUCUUUGUUUUGGUCCUUGGUUUCCAGCCAUCAGUUUAUGGGUUCCAGGAGUACUUUCUACAAAAUCAAUCAGUAUAAAAUACUGUGUUUUAUGGAAAAUAAAGAACUUUAAGUACUUGA